AUGAGAACAUUCUGUCUUAUCGCUCUCGUCGUCCUCGCUCUCGUAGCUGUUACCCAGGCAGAUGAGGAAAAUGUUGACUUUAAGAGGACUGUGAUGAUGAAGUUGGCUGAAGUGAAGAAAUUCUUCUCCGACGAUCCUGCAGGCAAGAAACUCCGCGAGAUUGCCAUGGACGUGGGCAUUUUCGGCAAAAUGAUGAGAAUGAAAAUUCGCGGAGCUCUGAAAGAAUACGUUAAAAAUCUACUGAAGGAAGGUCAAUAG